CUAUCUCUCUCUCUCCGUCUAUCUCUCAAUCACACACAGAAAAACACACUGAGUGACAAUAAAGAGAGGCAUGAGUUAGGUGAGGUGUAAAGUUUGUCUCGGCGGUCUGAAGAAAGAGGGUAGUCCAGAGGACUAGAAGGAAGGAGAGGAGACCAGCAGAGGAUUAGAAGGAAGGAGAGGAGACCAGCAGAGGAUUAGAAGGAAGGAGAGGAGACCAGCAGAUGACUAGAAGGAAGGAGAGGAGACCAGCAGAGGAUUAGAAGGAAGGAGAGGAGUCUAGCAGAGGACUAGAAGGAAGGAGAGGAGACCAGCAGAGGAUUAGAAGGAAGGAGAGGAGACCAGCAGAGGACUAGAAGGAAGGAGAGGAGACCAGCAGAGGAUUAGAAGGAAGGAGAGGAGACCAGCAGAGGACUAGAAGGAAGGAGAGGAGACCAGCAGAGGAUUAGAAGGAAGGAGAGGAGACCAGCAGAGGACUAGAAGGAAGGAGAGGAGACCAGCAGAGGACUAGAAGGAAGGAGAGGAGACCAGCAGAGGAUUAGAAGGAAGGAGAGGAGACCAGCAGAGGACUAGAAGGAAGGAGAGGAGACCAGCAGAGGACUAGAAGGAAGGAGAGGAGACCAGCAGAGGACUAGAAGGAAGGAGAGGAGACCAGCAGAGGAUUAGAAGGAAGGAGAGGAGACCAGCAGAGGACUAGAAGGAAGGAGAGGAGACCAGCAGAGGACUAGAAGGAAGGAGAGGAGACCAGCAGAGGACUAGAAGGAAGGAGAGGAGACCAGCAGAGGAUUAGAAGGAAGGAGAAGAGACCAGCAGAGGAUUAGAAGGAAGGAGAAGAGACCAGCAGAGGACUAGAAGGAAGGAGAGGAGACCAGCAGAGGACUAGAAGGAAGGAGAGGAGACCAGCAGAGGAUUAGAAGGAAGGAGAGGAGACCAGCAGAGGACUAGAAGGAAGGAGAGGAGACCAGCAGAGGAUUAGAAGGAAGGAGAGGAGACCAGCAGAGGAUUAGAAGGAAGGAGAGGAGACCAGCAGAGGACUAGAAGGAAGGAGAGGAGACCAGCAGAGGACUAGAAGGAAGGAGAGGAGACCAGCAGAGGAUUAGAAGGAAGGAGAGGAGACCAGCAGAGGAUUAGAAGGAAGGAGAGGAGACCAGCAGAGGACUAGAAGGAAGGAGAGGAGACCAGAGUGAGAACACAAGUGAGGGUGACGAUGUUGGACUGUUCUUCUUGCUGUUCCUGCAGACUGAGAUGUCCCCGACCUCACGGCUUUUUAGCCCACGUUAUUACCAAAGUGUGUCUGGGAGCGUUGUUGUUCGGGGUGGUCUGGUCCAUCGCUGAGAAGGAGUGUUAUCCAGGGGGGAAUCUGUUCGGCAUCAUCAUCUUGUUUCUCUGUGCUGUGUGUGGAGGAAAACUGGUCGGACUGAUCCAACUCCCCACACUGCCCCCCUUCCCCCCUUUAGUUGGUAUGUUGCUGGCAGGUCUGGUGCUGCGUAACGUACCGUACGUAACUGAGGCGGUCUACAUUGAGCAGACCUGGUCAGCAGCUCUGAGGAACAUCGCUCUGGCCAUCAUACUGACCCGUGCUGGACUGGGCCUCGACCCUUCGGCUCUCCGCAGACUCAAGGCGGUGUGUGUGCGACUGGCAGUAGGACCGUGUACAGUGGAGGCAUCAACAGUAGCUGUGAUGUCUCACUUCCUGAUGGGCUUGCCCUGGGUCUGGGGAUUCGUACUGGGGUUUGUUCUGAGUGCUGUAUCCCCAGCAGUGGUGGUGCCCUCCAUGUUGUUACUCCAGAAGGAUGGCUACGGCGUUGAGAAGGGAAUCCCUACUCUGCUGAUGGCUGCUGGGAGUUUUGAUGACAUCCUGGCCAUCACAGCAUUCACCACCUCUCUGGGCGUGGCCUUUGCCUCAGACUCGACAUGGCUCAAUGUGAUGAAAGGCGUGCUAGAGGUGGUAGGAGGAUCAGCGGCUGGCCUGGUGCUAGGACUCUUCAUCUGUUUCUUCCCCAGUCAGGAUCAGGAGGAAUUGGUAUUGAGGAGAAGUGUCAUGUUACUGGGUCUGUCUGUGUUUGCUGUGUUUGGGAGCCAUGUAGCAGGGUUCUCUGGUGCAGGGGGACUCUGUACUCUGGUCAUGGCCUUCAUAGCUGCGCUGGGCUGGGGGGAAGCGAAGGGCCCAGUAGCAGCAGUGGUAGGGAGGUUCUGGGACAUCUUCCAACCGCUGUUGUUUGGACUGGUAGGAGCACAAAUCACAGUAUCUACACUGGACCCCAACACAGUGGGUCUGGGCAUGGCCUGUCUCGGGACAGGUCUGGUUAUCAGGGUUCUCUUCACGUUUCUCAUGGUGUUCUUUGGUGGAUUCAACACAAAGGAGAAGCUGUUUAUCUCUGUGGCUUGGCUUCCCAAGGCCACAGUACAGGCAGCGAUAGGUUCUAAAGCCUUGGACAUGGCCCGUGUGUCGGGGGAUGAGGUUCUGGUGAAGUACGGUCUGGAUGUUCUGACUGUGGCUGUUCUGGCCAUCCUCACUACAGCACCUCUAGGAGCCCUGGGGAUCGGCCUGGCAGGGCCCAGACUGCUGACCAGACACCCGGAGGACACACACGCAGACAGGAAAGAGGGUGACUUGGAGGCAGACACGGAGACGCCACAGAAAGACAUGGUGACCUUCGAGAGCAAAUUAUAACGAGAGGAGAGGAGAGGAGAGGAGAAGGGAGGGGAGGGGAGGAGA